AUAAGGGAUGCGCAUGGUGCCCCAGAGAAAAGUGUGACCAGAUAGGGUAGAUAAGGCCAGAUUCUGAUGAGAUCGGAGUUUGGGUCUUCGCGUUCCAAGAAGCGGGGAGGAGAUGCUCCGGAGGUGGAAAGCUUACAUCUUUCCGGCGGCCGACGGUGGCGAGUACCGGUGGGGUCGCAUUAAGGCUUCUCUUCUCGUCCUCUCCUUCGUCUUGGUCUGCUACUCCGCCGUAACCUCCGGCGGAUUCUGGUGGAGCGGCCGUGAUUGCGCCCAGGCCAGUCUCCGCUUCUCCGGAUUCUGGUGGAGCGACCCGGCCCCGACGAAUCUCUCCCACAUCGUGUUUGGCAUCGGGGGGUCGGCACGGACGUGGCAACAGCGGCGGAGCUACACGGAGCUGUGGUGGCGACCCGGGGAGAUGCGGGGCCACGUGUGGCUGGACGAGAAGCCGGCGAAGGGACAGGCGUGGCCGGGCACGUGCCCGCCGUUCCGGGUGUCGGCGGACGCAUCGCGGUUCGGGGAACGGGCGGCGCCGGCCCGGAUGGCGCGGAUCGUGGCGGAGGCGUACUGGGCGUUGGGGAAGGAGGAUGAGCGGGUGCGGUGGUUGGUGAUGGGGGACGACGACACGGUGUUCUUCCCGGAAAACCUGGUGGCAGUGCUGGGGAAGUACGAUCACCAGGAGAUGCGGUACAUCGGUGCCCCAUCGGAGAGCGUGGAGCAGGACGUGAUGCACUCGUACGGCAUGGCUUUCGGCGGCGGCGGGUUCGCCCUCAGCCGCCCGGCCGCGGCGGCGCUCGCCGGCGUCAUUGACGGUUGCCUCGACCGCUACAACUACUUCUACGGCAGCGACCAGCGCGUCCAGUCCUGCCUCUCCGAGCUCGGCGUCCCGCUGACCCGUGAACCCGGUUUCCACCAGAUGGACAUCCGAGGCGACGCGUACGGGAUGCUCGCGGCGCACCCAGUCGCACCGCUGGUAUCAUUGCACCACCUCGAUUACGUGAAGCCCAUAUCCCCGCGCGGCGGCACCCAGAUCGAGGCGCUCCGGUCCUUGGUGGAGGUGUCCCGGUUCGACCCGGCCAGAAUUAUUCAGCAGUGCUUCUGCUACGAGUCGGGCUGGGGGUGGGGCGGGGGCUACAAGUGGUCGGUGUCCGUGUCCUGGGGCUACACGGUCCAGCUGUACCCCUGGGUGCUGGCCCCAAAGGAUCUGGAAGUCCCGCUCCAGACUUUCCGGACCUGGAGAAGCUCCAGCAACGGGCCCUUCACCUUUAACACCCGGCCCCUCGAACCGGACCCCUGCGACCAGCCUCUCAUGUUUUUCCUGGGCCGGGUUCAGGAGUUGGAGGGCAGCGUUGCUACGAUGACCGAGUACUCCAGGAACGAGUCCGAGGCGGGUGGGCCGUGCGACCGGCGCGGCUUCGAUGCUGCAUUGAAGGUGGAGGCGGUUAGGGCCUUCGCCCCCAGGAUGGACCCCACCGCGUGGAGUCGGGCUCCACGAAGGCAGUGCUGCCGAACUCGUCGGACCGGGAAGGGGAAGGUGCUGGAGGUUCGAAUAAGGGACUGCGACCCAGGGGAGAUCACGUCGCCACCAUAGAUCUUUUUCUUGGGCCCACAUGACCAGUUUUUAUAACGAGAGGAGUUGCUGAUUUUAAUGAGGUGGAAAUAAGAGGGAAAAAAAAAAAAGAGAGAGCUGUUCCAUUGUCCCCCCUCUGGGCGUGGGACAAGCUGGCACAUGUAUAAUAUACUACGGUGGAGGAUAUAUUUUUGACUUGUCUGAUUUGUAACCAGUCUCAUCCUUUAUUAUAUGUAUGAUAAUCUUCAUAUUUAUGCAGCGUUUAGCUGGGUUCCACCCGGUAAUUCCAUCAACGAAAAAAA